AGAACUUUUUGCCAGGCCCUAAGGUUACCUACCAGGGGGGAAGCGAGAACUAAUCUGAGCCUCGAGUGGGGGUCGUCUGUCUCUAUCUUCAUCUGGUGCAGUGUAUAGUUGUAUACUGUAAGUGUAAGUAGUAAGUACAUACACUUUAUACUCUACUCUUUCCUCAGUCCUACACCACGAUAAAGUUACAGCUACCAUCAACCAUCUUCGUUACACAGUUAUAUACACACAUUAACACUUACACACCACACGGGACUGUGAAGAGUGUGAAGUGAUAGUACUAGCACACGCUAGCAGUUUCAGUGUCUCCUUGCAAUUACGGUAAUUAUUACUGGGUAGAAUCCUCCUGGCUAAAAAAAGUUAAUAUUAAUUAAAUAAAGCGGAUUAAAUUUUUAAAGAGUGAUAAUAACGUGGGAUUAAUAUUUUUUUAUAAAUAAUUGUGAAGACUCUGGACUAGUUUAUAUUGUUAUUGUCUAGGAUUGCUCCAGUCUAACCGGGUAGUGUGGGUUAAAUUUAUUUACACACAACGCAAGAUGGUGCCCGAGUGAUCUUCAGAAUAAAUAUUAAAUUAAUUCUGAAUUUGGUGAUAAAAAUAAUUGUGGGAUAUUUAAAUAAAUAAAAUAAAUUGUAACAAGUGAUUGAAAGUUAUUAAAAAGUAAAUUCAGUGGUGAGGACGAUGCUAACAAAAUCAUGAACAGUGUGAUGUUUUUAAAAUUGUUUAAUCAGUCUUUUAAAAUUGAUGCUGCUUAAAAAAAUAGAAAAAAAAAUUAUCCGCUGGAUUUAAUGACAAUUGUCAAUGUUCUUGCUGAUGAAAGACUAUUCCUGGGGAAUAUAUAUCGAAUUUAUGUCAAUAAAUGUAACCAUCCAUUUUGUUUAUGCACGAGAACACACCUCAUUCCAAAAACAUGGAUCUAUCUCUGAGCAAUACACACAGCAGAUGGAGUUUUGUGUACGUGCGUGAAAUAAUCGUGAUUUACUUCCCGGUUCUUGUGACAUAGUACAUACACCAUAUAUACUGUGAUAAUAAUAAUCGCAACAAUAAUAAUCACAGUUUAGUUGUAACACUAAAGUUCAUGCAAUCCUCAGUGUAUAUUGCGAUUAAUCAUUUUUUAUUUUAAACAGACAUUUUUAUCUAAUACGAUCGGAGAUAAAUAUUAGUAUUUUUAAAAAAAUAAAUAGAGCAAAUAUUUCUAUUGCAUCAAGUUGAUUUUAUCAUUGACAAUAAAUAAGUGAGGAAUUUCAUCAGAUCAAUGAACUACAAAGAAGAUUAAGCAAGCAAAAAAGAAUGGUCAGCUCAUCGGGGGGUACCCCCCGCAUCCAGGUCUUCAGACCAACCUACGAAGAGUUCAAAGACUUCUCCAAGUACAUCGAGUACAUGGAGAGCAAGGGAGCGCACAAAGCUGGCCUUGCUAAGGUGAUACCACCUCCUGAAUGGGUACCACGAAAAGGAGGCUACGACACGUCCAUAAUGGACCUGACGAUACCUGCGCCAAUUUGUCAGGUGGUGAAUGGCAAGCAGGGUCUUUACCAGCAGAUAAACAUCCAGAAGAAGGCAAUGACCAUCCAAGAGUACGAAAAGCUGGCUAACUCUGAGAGGUACGCCACUCCGAAGCACUUUGACUACGAGGACUUGGAGCGCAAGUACUGGAAAAACAUCACAUACGUCGCGCCAAUUUAUGGUGCUGAUGUUUCGGGGUCUCUGACAGACCCAGAUGUCAAUGUCUGGAAUAUAAACCACCUUGGUACUAUUCUUGAUUAUGUUAACAAAGAUUACGGGAUUUCUAUUGAUGGAGUUAACACAGCUUAUCUCUACUUCGGGAUGUGGAAAACGACAUUUGCGUGGCAUACUGAAGAUAUGGAUCUGUACUCGAUAAAUUAUUUACACUUUGGGGCUCCCAAGACUUGGUACGCUAUUCCUCCAGAGCACGGCCGUAGGCUUGAGCGACUUGCCAGUGGAUUCUUUCCCAGUAAUUAUCAAAGUUGUCCGGCUUUUUUGAGACACAAAAUGUCUUUAAUUUCUCCACAAAUGCUUCGACAGUAUUCGAUACCUUGUAACAAAAUUACUCAAGAAGCUGGAGAAAUAAUGAUAACAUUUCCUUAUGGAUACCAUGCUGGUUUCAAUCACGGGUUCAACUGCGCCGAGUCGACUAAUUUUGCAGCCCCCAGAUGGGUCGAGUACGGAAAACGAGCUACUCAGUGUAUUUGUAACAAUGAUAUGGUCAAAAUAUCAAUGGACACUUUUGUAAAGCGUUUUCAACCAGAAAGAUAUGACUUGUGGCUACGUGGAGAAGACAUAGGCUGUCACCCAGAAGACCCAAGACAAACAGCAGCGCCAAUGCCGUCCCAAAUGGACCUCUUGUGCGGCAACAGCACCGACAAACUCCCAGACAGUUUUAUAAACGCCCCUAAAAACAAACGACACACAAUUCACCGUAAAAAAUCCCUGGUAGAUUCAAACCCAGAUCUCAACAUGGACGAAUUAGUCAAUGGUCCUGACAUUCCAGCAGACGUUAAAAAAGUUCUCCAGGAUCUGGAGCUCGAGGAAGACGUCCCGGAUGAGCAGCAGCUGGAAGUUCUCGAGGACAUUUGGUUAAAGGCCGGAGAGUUGGAAAUUGAAGAGGCUAGCUUGUACGACGACGGGUACAAUAAAAAGAAAAACAAGCGCAAGAAGAGACGACUGACUGUUGACAAAGAGCGCGUUGGUAUUAAGACUAAAAAGCCCGUGAAGAAUACCAAUCAAAAUAAUAUUGAGACUGAAGGAAACACUUCAGCAAAUUCCGAGAUUAAGCCGAAAUAUCUCGACAUUAUUGGCAGCGCAGUUCCGUGUCUCGUUCUACCAAAAAUCACAAACUUCGACGGUAUUAAUUCUCUGUCUGAUUCUCAGAGUCCGAUAAAAGCUAAAGAACCUUCAGAGACUUCUCCUACGACUCUUGCAACUCCCGGAGACACUCCAGUAAAAAAGAAAAGAAAGUACACCAAGCACAAAUCAGAGAAUAAAGAACACAAAAAAGAUAGCGAGGGUAAUGAUAUUAUUCCCAAAAGAACUUACAAGAAAAAAUUAAAGUGCAUAGCUCCUUUGUCAGCUCCAGAAUCGGUGUUUGAUUCUUCACAACCUCUUGAUGUAUCUGACGCUUAUGUCCAGCGUAAAUUAAUGGCAAUGCCCAGCCUGUCAUCACAAAAAUCACAAAAGACUGAAUCUAUUAAAUUAAGUAACAUCACUGAUCAAAAUAUUGAUCAAAGUAUUAUUAGUAAGCCUGAAAAACCAACACCUUUACAAAUUAGCGAGAAUAUUGAUGCUUGUAUUGCAGCUGUUGUUUCACAGUAUCAAUACAUCUCUGAUUCUUCAUUGGACGAAAAGCCUUCCAGUGAAAAUGACAACUUUACAGAUAAUAAAUCUUUAAUUAGUCCUUCUGUUGAUAAAUCAUCUAAGACAGAAACUUCUGCAAUUGAUAAUAAAUCUUCAGAUGAUAAAUCUUUAAUAAAAAAUAAUUCUUCAUCACAAACAGAAUUUUUCAGAUUCUCGGAAUUAGACCCGAAAUUUAAUUCAGGAAAUUCCGAGAUAAAGAAAAAUUCAUUUAUUUUACCUAAAAAAUGUUCUACAAGCAUCAACAGGCCCUUGAAUAUUUACCCAAAAAAUGACAUAAUAAAAGCUCCAAAAUUGUGCGUCCUAACAAAUAAUUGCACGUCCCAAAGCGAAGCAAAGCCAACUUCAUCGCAAGACAAUGAUACUCUAAAAGCAGCCAGUGGAUUGUUAGUGCUUCAACAAAGCUCAAGAAUUCUCCCCAAGCCUGCGAAUGAAUCCAACAUAUUUAUAAAAAAUACAAACAAUUCUUUCCUUCAAAACACCCAGGCUAAAACUCCAAUUCAAAAUAUUCUAAGCACCAAAGAAAUGCAGCAGCGGUUAGAAAGGUUCAAGCUGAUGAACACUUCUAUAAACCCCGAGAGCAAUUCCGACAAUAAUAUUAACGUUUUUCAAAGCAAACUAUGCAACUCUUUUUCCGUCCCUUCAGAGCGAGUUUCUGUUAUUGAAGAGCCAAAACAGUUACAGGGACAAAUUAGUGGAGUAACAGCUCCAGAGGACUCUCGAGUUGCUACUAAAAAAUUCUGGCAAGUCCCAAACACCAACACCGUCCUGAUAGCCAGCGACUCUAAUAUUAAUUCAGCAGCAAGUAACUCUAAAAAAUUCUGGCAAUUACCUAGUGCAAACAUUGUAAUAAGCGACAAGUCUAUCAACCAAUUUACCAGCAAUCCAACUCCGUUAUUUUACAGCACGCCGAAUAAUAACGGGCUUAUUACACUAGCGCCUAAAACAAGUGCGAGAAUGUCUUUAGCUCCCUCUUCUUCACUUUCUCACCAGCAACAGCACCAAAAAAUCAACAUGGGCACUUCAAUUUUAAAAGUCUCCCAGCCGGGACAGCAAAGUUCUUUGAAUACAGUAGAAAUAAUAAUGCCGCAGCCGCAGUAUCAAAUUCCUCAGCUGCAAAAAAUAGCCCCGGCGCCCGCGCCGAUGAUCUUGCAAACGCCUCAAGCAAUGCAACCGAUAAAACCAAAAUUAAAGCGGACACCCAGGAAGAAAAAACCGACUAAAUUAUCAAUAGAAUCUGUGGACAAUAGCCAGGAAAUAGCUAGUGAGCGGAAAAUGUGCUCGAUAGCAACGCAAGUUGAUAAUUUGUCUCCGUUGAAACUUACUGAGUGUAAUAUUGACCAGUCUAACAGCUCAGCUUUUGUUAAAGAAGAAACUGCUCAAGAGUACCCAGCAAGUUUUUCUUCUUCAACAGACAACAGCGCCGCUGCUAUUAAAUCUCAGAUGCUUUUUAGCGUACCUUCUAAUAAAUAUUUGUCCAUGUCUUACGCAGACUCUAAACCUUUGCAGGAUAUUAAGCCAAUUGUUCCUUCAAUUGGCUCGGAAAUAAAAAUUCCGAUUCCUACCAAGCCUUCAGCGCUUCAUAAAAUAAAUAAUAUAAAACCUCCGGUGCUGACUAAAAAUUCGAGUAAAAUUCAGGGAAAUAAAUCGCCGCGUAAACCGCGAGCUCCUAAAAAGAAGAGUUUAAUUAAAUUAGAAGAUAAAAAUCCUCCAGUAUUAACAAUUGAAGCUAAUUAUCCAAGUUUGAGUGCAAGUUUGAAUGAUUCAUCAAAAGUCUCCAGUUCAUCUUCGUCUCUUUUGUCGCCAACUUUGUCGGCUUCUAGUAGCAGUAGUACUAGCAAUAGCUCUCAAAUAAUUCCAGGUCAUAUUUUAGACAUGUUGUUCCCAAAUCAUCCAGAUUUGGAAAAAGUCAGGACCUUUAAUGACUACUGGAGCAACCAGGCGUCGCACUGCGCUAUUUGCACGGGCUUCGCGAGUUCUAGUAAUAAAAAUACUCGUCAAAUGCCCCCGGAUUGGAAAGAUUGCAGAGUAAUUAGCUUGCCAGAGAGAUCUUCAAUUUGGGUUUCUCCGGCAUUGUUCGCGGCGAAUUCUAAGGAGCAGGACAUCGAGCCGGAGAAUAAUAGCUUGUUGCGCUGCCGAGAUUGCCAUGUCGUGGUUCAUGCUUCUUGUUAUGGAAUUACUGUCCUGCCUACGGACUCACCCAACUGGGCGUGUGAUAAAUGCAAAGCUGGGAUGACGCAAUCUAAUUGCUGUCUCUGUCCAAUGAGGGGUGGUGCUGUCAAACGGACUAGUGAUGGCCGCUGGGCUCACAUUUUUUGCGCGCUUCUUAUUCCUGGGGUUACUUUCAAAGACUCGGUGCACAAGGAUCCGAUUAAUGUUCUGACGAUAAAGCAUGAUAUGGUCAAGCAGCAGUGCUCGUAUUGCAAGCAGAACACUGGGGUGGUUCUUAAUUGUCGGCUGUGCUGCAAUUCUUUUCAUCCUUCUUGUGGGCUUGUUGCUGGAGCCGCUUUUGAUAUUCCUGCUUAUGAUUUUGUAGAGUUUAAGGUUACAUGUAACGAACACAAUAAAUCAAAAGAAGAACUAGAUAUCCGUCAAGGUGACAAAGUAUGGGCAAAACAUAGAAACAAACGGUAUUAUCAAGCUACUGUUGAGUCUAUUGAUUCAGCUACGUUCUGCAUGGUCACCUUUAGUGACCAUAGCUUCAGCAAUAAUCUCUAUCAAACUGAUAUAAUUAGCCACAAUACUAUUCCAGACGUCGGUGAAAGUUGUAGAGUAAAAUGGACUGAUGGAAAUGUUUAUGACGCUAUUUUUGAGGGUACCAAUUUUCGAACAAUGUACACUGUAAUGUUUGAUGACGGAUCACGAUUCGCAGUAAAACGCAAUCAAAUUUUCGCAUUAGACGAAGAUUUACCUAACAGGGUACAAGGACGCUUGUCUACUGCAACUGAAAUGCAACAUCGAUCUCAUCUUUAUGGCAAUGAAAGCAGUGGCUACUUCGUAGUACAGAGGAAAAGAAAUAAACUUAAAUUAAAUUAAAACGUUAAUUUUGAUUAUAAAUAAUAAUAUAAUAGUAGCAAUAACUAUUAUUAUCAUUUAUUAAUUAAUAUUAAUAAUUAAUAAUUAAUAAUAUUAAGAUAAACUGACAUAGAGUACAUCAUUUAAAUGAAAAAAAAAAACAAAAAUAGAGAAUAGUUUAUGAUAGAGAAGUUUAUCAUCUGUUGUAAAUAAAUGUAACUUUAUCGUAGGAUCUUGUUUGAUUCUAGCUGUAAAAAAGCUAAACAAAUUUAACUUCAAAAUACUCAAGCUAUGAUUAUUAUUAAGGGUUAAAUUUUUUUAUUUUAUUCAUUGUUUUUUUGUCUCGAAAUUAAUUUAUUUUUUCGUCAUUGUUAAUUUUAAUUUUUUUUUUUUUUUUAUAUUUUUAUUUAUCUUAUCAGGACUCUGCAUUAUUCUUUCUUAUAUUCGGGUUACUAUAAAAAUUAAGUGGUGCAUAAUUAAUCUAGAAUCAAACAAUAUAUAUUUAUAUUUUAAGAACCUGUAUUAUAUGUGUGAAUUUGCAGUUGAUAUUAUUAUUCAUAUUAAAUAUAAUUAUUAGCUUUAAGUUAAACCAACAAAGUCAUUAAAAAUUAAUUCUUCAAUUAAUUAUUUAAUUAAGUAUAUUAAAUUUUAUUGAUAAGGACAAUUAU